GUCAAGAUUAUUAUUAUUAUUAUUAUUAUUAUACGGUGGUGGGAAGGAAUUAGGCUAAAAUUGCUCCAAGUAGUUGAAAGAUAUUGCAUGCUAACAAGUACUAGAUUUUGUGUGUAUAUAUAUAUAUUUGCAGUACAAGUGAUAGUAGCAUUAGCACUGAAACUGCAAAUAGGAACCUACUUUCUUUCUCAUAAAGUGAAGAACGUGGGCAUUUAUUACAAUAGAAAGUGUUAAAAGAAAGUCUGCUUCUUGUUCUUGAAAGUUGAAACAAAGAGGAAGAGAAAAGAAAGUAAUGGCGGGCGGCUCAUUAUCAUCCGGGGAGCAGCCACAGUUUAUUGCUAGUACUGGAAAUAGGAGUUUUUCCAAUGCACCACUUAUUGACAAUCCAGAUUCUUCUGAUCAAAUCGUUAUUCCUGAUAGGAAAAGCUGGAAAAACCUGUUUGCAUAUAUGGGACCAGGGUUCCUUGUUUCUAUUGCAUAUAUUGACCCUGGAAAUUUUGAAACUGACCUACAGUCAGGAGCACAAUACAAGUAUGGGUUGCUUUGGAUCAUCUUAGUAGCCUCAUGUGCUGCUCUUGUUAUUCAAUCUCUUGCAGCCAAUCUGGGGGUUGUCACUGGAAAGCAUUUAGCAGAACACUGCAGGAUUGAAUACCCUAGGGUGCCCAACUUUAUCCUUUGGGUUCUUGCUGAAAUUGCUAUUGUAGCAUGUGAUAUUCCUGAAGUGAUUGGUACAGCCUUUGCAUUGAACAUGCUCUUCAAAAUUCCAGUUUGGAUUGGUGUUCUUCUGACUGGGCUUAGUACAUUGAUUCUUCUAGCAUUACAGCAAUAUGGGGUCCGGAAGCUUGAAUUCCUUAUUGCUUUUCUUGUACUUACAAUGGCUGCGUGCUUUUUUGCGGAGCUUGGCUAUGCAAAGCCUGCUGCACCUGAAGUUCUGGAAGGGCUUUUUGUUCCCCAACUUAAGGGAGAUGGUGCCACGGGGCUUGCAAUUUCACUUCUUGGUGCCAUGGUUAUGCCGCACAAUCUCUUCCUCCAUUCUGCAUUGGUGCUUUCCAGGAAAAUCCCUCGAUCUGUCCGUGGUAUAAAGGAGGCUUGCAGAUUUUACUUCAUUGAAAGUGCUUUUGCUCUCUCAGUGGCCUUUCUUAUUAAUGUGUCUGUUAUAUCUGUAAGUGGUGCUGUUUGCAAUUCCCCAAAUUUAAACCCUGAAGAUCAGUCGAAAUGUGAAGAUUUGGACUUGAACAAGGCUUCCUUUCUGCUUAAAAAUGUUUUAGGUAGUUGGAGUUCAAAGCUUUUUGCAAUUGCUUUACUGGCAUCAGGCCAGAGUUCUACCAUAACAGGAACUUAUGCAGGGCAGUAUGUCAUGCAGGGUUUCCUGGAUCUACGAUUAGUACCAUGGGUACGCAAUUUCCUUACUCGAUGCUUGGCAAUAGUUCCCAGUUUAAUCGUUGCACUUGUUGGUGGUUCUGCUGGGGCUGGAAAGCUAAUUAUCAUUGCAUCGAUGAUUCUUUCAUUUGAACUGCCUUUUGCUCUUAUUCCCCUUCUCAAGUUCACCAGCUGCAAAACCAAGAUGGGAGCAUAUGCCAACUCAAUUGCGAUUUCAGCCAUCACUUGGAUCAUUGGUUCCUUGCUCAUGUUAAUAAAUGUGUACUACCUUGGGACGGCUUUUAUCAAAAUUCUCUUUCACAGCCACCUAACACGGGUGGCAGCUGUAUUUCUAGGAUUAUUUGGAUUUGGAGCUAUGGCACUGUAUUUGGCAGCUAUUGCGUACCUAGUUUUUCGCAGAAACACAAAAGCUUCUCAUCUUUUAGCACUAACAACACCUGAAAGUCGACAGAUGGCUAAUGAAUCCGGUGAGAGAUCGGUGCCUAGUCUCAUUAGAGAAGACAUAGCAAACAUGCAGUUACCUCAGCGGUCCAUGGAAGAAGUUGACCGAUAAGUGAUAUCUUAGAAACGCCAGAUUAUCUAGUAGUAUUUGCUGAUACUUACCGGUCAGAGUAGCAUUAUGUUAGAAUAAAAAGUUAAAGAAGUCUGGGGAGAACAUUUUUCUUCUGGAAGGUUUUUGCUGCUGUAGAAACCAAUUUUCCAAUGCAUAGAAGUUGAAGAUGAUCUAUAGUUCCAAGCUUUGUCUAUUUUCUCGUGCAAUGUUUCUCUACAAAGAGUUGGCUUGAGCUGAUGCUUUACUAAUACAGUGUUUCUCGUUUUAGAUCAUUAUGCUUUUGCAGGGGGAGGCAUUAUAUAUUUCCUUAUGGUGCCUUCUAUGAUUAUUUUGUUUUAACUUUUUUUGUUUGUUUAUGGGAUGGCUAAUUAAUACACAAUAAGGGUUUUACAUUCGCAAUACAGAUUUUUAUAUUUGCCAUGUGGCGAAAACUCAAUUAGUGUAAAUAAAAGAAUUUAAAUUUUUAA